ACCACCACCACCUCUCUCUCUCUCUUUUUCGAACUCGAGCUAGCAGCCAGCCAUGAUACGCACACAGACACGCACAUCCAGCAUCUACUCUGCCGAUGACCCGCUCGCACUUGCCCUCAAGCCUCCGCCGCUUGAAACAGACCAUGAACGCGAGUUGCGCAUCGCAGCAGAGCACGAAGCAAAGCGCAUCUCAGACCGCAUCGAUGAAGAGCUCCGUCAAGAGCGCGAGGCAAAGCGACGCGCCAAUAUGCAGGUCAAGUUGCUUCUCCUGGGUCAAGCAGAGUCCGGGAAAUCAACUCUGCAGAAGCAAUUCCAGCUGUUCUAUGCGCCCGCAUCGCUUGAUGAAGAGCGCGCAUCAUGGCGUGCCGUCGUGUAUUUCAACGUCGUCCGGAACAUCAAACGCAUCCUCCAGGCACUCGAAGCCCUUAAUCUCGGAUCGCCGCACUCCACCUCCGUCGCACUUCCCAGCACCGCGGAAUCCUCGCUUGAUGCACAAAACGAAGCUGAAAUUGCAGAAAAUGACGCGCUUGCCAGUGCCGAAAGCGAAGGAGGACUGUCUGCUCUGGAUAAUUCGACACGGACAGAGCUGGCGACGCUCAGGCUGCGAUUGAGCCCCUUACUUACGGCCGAGGCGAGUCUUGCAGAUCGACUGAGUGGUGGCGUGCAGGUCGGUACGCUUGCACGUCGCCGUGGCGGCGGCGUAUAUGUGCGGUCUGGAUGGCAAACGACGAUGAGUAUCUCUGGCAAUAAACGGAGACGCGACGAAGAAGAUGUCCAGGAGAACAAUCCAAAUGCUCCGAAUCCGGUUGAGGAAGAGCUUAACAAGAUUGCACGUAUGCUUUUCGCGUGUCGUGAUGACGUGAAGGCCCUAUGGGCACACCGCGUCGUACGCACAAUCAUCGACAGACGCAAGCUUCGAUUGCAAGAAAGCGCGGAGCAUUUCCUCAGUGGGAUUGACCGCGUCUCAGCUGCAGACUACACGCCCUCCACGGAUGACAUUCUACGAGUACGACUACAAACGAUGGGCAUUGCCUCACACGAGUUCAUGGUACAGGUCUCAGGCAAGAGCGUUAUCUGGCAUCUCUACGACGUUGGUGGCGCUCGUGGCCAGCGACAUACAUGGGUCCCUUACUUCGAUGAUGCGAAUGCCAUCAUCUUCCUUGCGCCCGUGAGCGCUUUCGACCAGUAUCUUGAAGAAGAACCAAAGACGAAUCGGAUCAACGACUCGUUGCAACUCUUCACCAUGAUCUGCUCGAACGAGCUACUGAAGAAAGUUCACCUUGUAUUGUUCUUGAAUAAAACGGACGUCCUGAAACAAAAGCUUGCUGCGGGAGUACACGUCAAACGCUAUAUCCCGUCAUAUGGCGACCGAGCGAACACGUACGAGGCCGUUAUUGAUUAUUUCAGGACACACUUUUUGCAGGUGCAUAGGAAGAAUAACGAGGAGCAUCGAGUGUUGUAUACCCAUCAGACUAGUGUUGUGGAUACGAGUACGACACAGAGUGUUAUUCGGAACGUGCGUGACUCGAUUUUCCGUGGAUACCUCCAAGAAGCAUCGCUCGUUUGAUGUGCUUCUCAUACACUCAUCUCAUUACUCAUUGACCUUAUUCAACGAGGAGUUGAUCAUGAUUCGGUGAUGAUGGGUCUGCUUUUGACACUCCCCAAUAUCAAUGGCGUUGACACUGAUCGGCCGUACAUCUCGGGGUUUACCACGAGGUUCGGAUUCGUUGUGUUGACUAGGUCUUCUUGGGCGGGCCUAUCGUCGCUGCUGGCAUGGCAUUCAUCAAUCUUCAUCUUCAUCUUGAUUCAUGAUAUUAAUCUCCAUUACUCAUUGCACGUAUUUCUCCCAUGUACCCAUCUUUCCAUUUCAUUUCUGUCUUCCUACUUUCUCUGUCUUGUUCUGUUCGUUCGUUUGUCGCCGCCAUGCAGAGGCACUGUUGUAUGCAGGUGUUAUUGUCGACGUUCAUCUUACUUUCUUGGACUCUCAUGUCUCACCUCUCAUGUUCUCGUCCGGCUCUUCACAUAUCCAUCCAUCCAUUACCUUAUCCACGCACAUGCAUUAACUCAUAUCACUUACCGAAAUGAAUCUCUGGACCCGACUAUCUAUGUAUGCAUGUAUGCAUAUAUGCACGUAUGCUACUGUAUGUAUUCUUUUCUCUCUUCCUCCCCCAAAACACGUACGUUACUUUUGUCCUUUCUGAUUCUCUUCUUCCUCCUCUCCCCUCUUUUCUUUUCUGUUGCCCUUGAAUCUAUCCUUCUCAUGUUUCUUUUCCUUUUCCUUUCCC